GGUUCCCARCAGCCCCCGCGCACAAGAUGGCGGCGCGGUGCGGCGGGCGGUGAGCGAGGGUCAGCGGCGGCCCCGGGCCGACAUGACCUACACGGCAGAGCAGCUGGACGGGGUGCGGCGGAUCAAGCGGUGCCGGGAUUACUACGAGAUCCUGGGGGUGAGCCGGAAUGCYGGCGAGGAGGAGCUGAAGCGGGCGUACCGCAAGCUGGCCCUCAAGUUCCACCCUGACAAGAACCGCGCGCCCGGAGCCACUGAGGCCUUCAAAGCAAUAGGCAAUGCUUUUGCAGUUCUGAGCAACCCUGAGAAACGACUGCGCUACGAUGAGCUCGGGAGUGACCAYGAACAUGUCAGCACUGGCCAGGCCAGGCACUACAAUUACUACACAGAAUUUGAAGCAGACAUUACACCUGAAGAAAUAUUCAAUGUGUUUUUUGGUGGGCACUUYCCUACAGGGAAUAUCCACAUGUUCUCCAAUGUAGCCAGAGAUGCUCACUAUUACCCACGGAGGCACCGGACUGAGAGGGCGUGGACACAGGAGCCAGAGGAGGAAGAACACAGGCCACAGAAUUCAUAUUCUGCAUUUAUCCAGUUGAUGCCAGUUUUCAUCAUCAUAAUAGUGUCAGUUAUAACACAGCUGAUGGCCACCAAUCCACCCUACAGCUUAUUCUACAAAUCGUCCAUAGGCCACGUUGUCAGCAGAGAAACGGAGAACUUGCAGGUGCCUUACUAUGUUGAUAAAAACUUUGAAAAGAAUUAUCAAGGAGCAGAACUUCAAGAGCUUGAGAAAACAGUUGAAAAAGAUUACAUAGACUAUAUUCAGACCAGCUGCUGGAAGGAGAAACAGCAAAAGUCUGAUUUGUCAAAUUUGGCCAAGCUCUACAGAGAUGAGCGGUUAAAACAGAAAGCAGAGUCCCUGAAACUUGAGCACUGUGAGAAGCUCUCCAGUCUGAUUGGGAUGCACAAAGGGGGCUGAGCAGGACGCACACCUUCCGUAGUUUUAUUUAUUGCUGUUUUAACUUAUGUUUUCAUUUUCCUUCGUAUGAAAAGGGAAGGAGUCUGUUGUAAAGAGUGGAUAUUGGAGUCCUUCUACAGGUAGUGCAGAGAGGGGCCAGCACGAACUGCAGGGCUGCUGUUUGCUGUAUUAUAUCCUGUACAUUAGAUUUYGUUCCAAGGACCAGUGGCACUUUGUAAAUUAAUUCCCCAGGGCACGCUCUUGAGUUCAGAACCUGUCAGCGUGGAUGGUUUGUCUGCCAUCCGGACUGUGUGUGCUUCCCAGGAGAGCAGGCACUUCUCGGCUUUCCGUGUUUUGGAUCUGCAGCUCCCUGGAUCCCYGGGCUGGCUGUCAGCUGCCCUUGUCCUUGCAAGGCUGUCCCUGCCUCAGCAGUGCUGGGAUGCUUCUAGGGCAGGAGGGACAGGGCUCCAGCACUCCCUCUGUCCCAGGGAUCGCAUCCCGUGCUGCUCCAAGGGAGGGCUGUGCCCAUCCUGACACCAACAUUGCCCAGACAGCAGGAGUCUGGGAACUGCACCAAUUCCAGUAUCUGCCAGACUGUUGGGAAAGGAGAAGGGUGUUCAUUCCCUCAGAUAUUUCCAGUGGCAUAUUUCGAAGCUGGCUGUUCAUUCUGGUUUUUAUCUGCUCUCAGACUCUUCUGCAGCUCUUCCAGGGCCCUGCUUUUUCCGGUACRGUUCUCAUGUAGCACAUUUUUACUCUGUUGAGCAGCUAUGAAUGUUUCACURUAGACAUAAUAUUGCAAAGAAAAAGAUCCAUGUGGCAAUGUCCUGUUUUCUCUUGGUCCUCCUUCACGCAGCUAGGCCUUGAACAGCAGGGUGAGGCUGGGUUGUCCUCAUGAGCAGCACAGCAGUGUUGGACCAGUGUUUUUCCAGUUGAGCACCAUUAACCCUCCGAGCCAAUUUGGUGUGUGCCAUGCAUGGAAUGACCUGCUCUUCCAGGGAAUACCUGCCCAGGAUGGUGGCUCCCAUAUCAGCAGUGCUCCUCUCUCACCUUGGCAAUAGGAGUCAGUGGGACCUGACUGAGCAAGGCUCCGCUGUUGCCACAUUCCUGAAAYAAGUCACAUGGGAUUCACAGGUGGCCUUGGCUGAAACCUAGRGAGCAAAUGCUCAAAAGCUUGGGAAAUGCCAGGAUUAAACCUGCCUUUAAAGCUUAGGCUGUUGGUGUGCUGGUGCAGUGGUGUACGAGUCCCACUGGRAAUGUUAGUACCACAGUGUGUCCCCUCCAUGUCUCUGUCCCCUCCAUACAACCCUGGGAGAUUGGAUGGCAAAYAAAGCUGGGAGCUGCAGGAUAAGAUUUUCUGGUCUCACACUGGGAUGUGAGGUUUGAGGCCUGGUGCUCCUGGACACAAGCCGUAAACAUCCCAGCUCCCAUCCCAGGGAGGAAAACAYUCCAGGUACAGCAACAGUGCUAUGGUGGUGUGUCUUAAAAGGGAAAAAAACAACGUAGACUCUAAAUUGCACUUCUGUGUUAACAUUUGUAGGAAACCUUGUAGGAACCCYGUGGGGAAAUUUAGUAGAAUUUGUUGUGCACCUGGGACAGGAAGAGCACUGGUGAAAAGGGCAUUUUGAGCGGGUUGGUGUGGACCAUAUUUAGUGCCAGAAUUUAAGAGCAAGAAUAGGUGUUGGUGACUUGCAAAGAAGACAGCCUUAAUUCUGGUAUUUCCCACUUYGGAGCACAUGAUGCACAAAAAGUGAAAAUAAUGUUGCAUUUUAUAUAUUAAAUAGCUUGUAGAAUAUAUUAGAAAUCUGUUAAAGUGGUUGGACAUAAUUCCAGGGUUGAUAUCUUCUGUGUCAUUCCUGUGUGACUGUGUAGAGGGAUACAGGUAGGGACACCAAAUCCCAAAUCCAGUGACUUCCAGGACUCAAUGUCCUCCACGGAGCUUGAACUCCUCCAUAGCGUUUUGCACUGAAACCAGAUUGUACCUUUCAUCCAAAGAUUUCGAGUACUUGAUGGAGAUGGGAGACCUCCUGUGGGAAGCACAAUCAGCCAGGAAAUGCAGGAGGGAGGUAAAAACAUCCCCCAAAGCAAUAAAUGUUCUUUGUUCCUAACCGGGAGGGUAAGGGUGCUGGUGCUGUUGUGUGUUGUGAGGGAGGGAGUGUGGCUCUGAACUUCUGCGGUGAAGGAGGGGACAAGCUGUGUUUGUACAGUGCUCCACAGGGAAAAGGAGAAUCCUCUCGGGAGCCCGGGGUGUGGAAAUGCAUCGCUGUCCUUCUCCAAAGGGUACUUGGGAUUCUUGCUCGUGGGGCUCUGACGGGAGGAAAGGGCGUUCUUGGYUGCCUCGGAGCACCAAGCGCUUGAACAUGGGUUUGUGUGUGUAUAUAUAUUUAUUUAUUUAUUUUUGAAUUAAAGAUGUGACAUCGCUGUC